CUUCAUUUUAUUAAAUAAAUUAUUAAAUAUAUAUUUAAUGAUGGAGGAAAUAUUAAAUCUACAAAAUAAAUAUGCAAGUGUCAAUGUAAUGCAACUCGAAGAAUUUGUUAUUAAACGUCAAGAACAAAUAAAUCAAAUUAUAUAUGAAAGAGAUCAACAUUUAAAAGAAAAUGAAGACAAGGUUAAAGAAUUAGAAUCAGAAUUUAUACUUUUGAAAGAAUCUAUUCAUAAUGAGCAACAAAUUUUAGAACAAAAAAAUAAAGAAUUAUCAAAACAUCAUUUUCGUUUGGCUGAAUUAAAAUCAGAAUACGAUAAACUUGCAGAAGAAAGGCAGAAUUUAGAGGUUAAGAAAAAUCGUAUAAAAAAUACUAAACCAAAUCAGGAAGAUCAAAAGUUAUUAGAAACAGGAAGGAAAAAGUUUCAUUUGUACAAAAAUCUCACUGGAAUACAUUGGGAUUACAGUAUUAUCAAUGACAGCAUAGAAGGAUAUGUUUCUAACAAGAUGAAUUAUAUCCAUCAUUUUAAAUUUUCUAAAGAUGAAAAAGAUCCUGAAGAAUUAUCCAAUCUUUUAUGGCAUGAAAUUUACCUGUCUGUUGAAAAUAUAUUGAAUGGAAAUCAAAAGAAUUCUUCUAAGUGAUUUCGUGGUUAUAAAAUUGUUUCAUAUUAAUAAUAUGAAGUAUAGAAAAUAUAUGUAUAAUAAAAAGAU